AUGGCGCUGCAUACGCAGCCCCCAACCCUCAGCCGUGCUGAAGCAGCGAGGCAGCAUGUACUGGCUGUGACGCGAGACUACCGCGUGGCCCCGCGGCUAGACUAUAGAACUGUUGCAGCAGCAGAAGGCCCCCUCGUUGUCUUUGAUGAUGUUAAAUUUCCAAAGUAUUAUGAGAUCGUUACGCUCCAUCUAGGUGAUGGAAGUGUGAGAGAAGGACAAGUGCUGGAGAUAAAGGGGCGUCGAGCAGUGGUGCAGGUGUUUGAGGGAACAUCAGGCAUAGACAACCGUCACUGUCACGCAGAGUUUCGUGGUGAUGUGCUGAAGAUGCCGAUAGCUGAGGAUAUGCUGGGUAGAGCCUUCAACGGUAGCGGGAGGCCCAUAGAUGGGGGCCCCCAGCUGUAUGCAAACUACGCUAUUGGCCAGGAUACGCGUGCAAUGAAGGCGGUGGUGGGUGAAGAGGCUCUAUCUGCUGAUGAUAUGUUAUACCUAGAAUUCACAGAUAAGUUUGAAAGAAGAUUCCUGCAGCAGGGAGCUUACGAGGGCCGAGAUAUAUUUCAGAGUCUAGACAUUGCGUGGGAGCUUCUUCGUACUUUCCCUGAAGAUAUGCUCAAAAAAAUUAAAGAAGAUCUCUUAAGAAAAUAUUACCCCCGUACAAAAUAUGUUGAAAACCAGGCAGCUGAUAAGAAACCCCCACCGCAGCAACCGCAGCAGCAACAGCAGCAGUAG